AAUUAAGGUGGAGAAACACUGGGACAUUUCCAAGCCUUUACGACGCCAGGACCGGAGGGAGAGCAUCCUGUGGAAGCCGCUGGCUUACACGUGAGCACCAGUACUGAGCAGGUGUCGCGCCGAGCUCAGUACGGGUCCGUCUGGGACGCCGGGAGGUUGACAGCGGCAGGUUACGUUUCCCGUUUGAUGACAAAUUUAGGACAUGAGGUUUCCCAUGUUAUUGUAACGUCGUGUGAAAUCCUUAUUCCGUUCAGUGAAGCUCUCGGAGGGUUUUUAAUUUCGACGAAAAACGUUUUCUGUUGGUCUUGCACAGAACAGUUCCGUCUUAAGAGAACAGUACACCGAUCUCCCCGAGGACAGGAGGUACCUCAUCGCCCCGAGGACAGUAAGGAGAGUAUAUGUCUUGCAUCACCAGCGAGAAAUACCAAUUCUCCAGGAUAGUGACAGCCGGACGCGAAGAGGAGACCGCUAAGGACGCCAGCAACACCACCACGUGAUGGCGCGGAGAGGCAGAGACUGGCUCCCUCCUGCACCAAGAGUGGAGGUCUCCUCCUCCUCCAGGAAGUCCCUCAGGAUAUCCUGGCAGCAGGAAGAUGGCGGCUACGAUAUCACCAAGUACUCAGUGAAGGUGACGGCGCCCAAGAAGAAGACACUCAAGUUUAACUGCCCCGUCACGAGGGACGACCAUCACGGGAAGGAACAGGUCCACCAUUGUGAGCUGAAGGGGCUGUCGCCGCAGACGCAUUACAACCUGACGGUGAAGGCGUGCGUGAAGGUGGAGGGGUGCAGCGCGCCCACGGUGCUGCUGGCGUACACUGCCGGCCCCGCCAUACACCCCUUCCUCAUCGCCCUUAUUGUUAUAUGCCUCCUGCUGGUGGUCGCCUGCUUCGCUGUCAACUACGACGUGCUGCAGGCCCUGUGUUGCCCGUCGUAUGACCGCAAACGAUCAGUGGAAUAUCAUUCAACCGGCUCCACAACUCCCCCCUCAUCCACCACCCCCACAGCUACCACCUCAACCAGCCACCACGGUGGACAACAGCUUCACCACUACUCCAUGCAAUCUUCAAAAGCCUUGACAAAUUUAGUGAGAGAAAACGGAUCCAGCAACUUCAGCGGUGCGGGGACUCCUGCAGGAGUGCCUGCAGGAGAGGCCCUAACACGCUCGACAAGUGUCAAUGACGAGCCGGCCAUUCACCCUUGUGUGAAGGCCUCGUGGUCGUCCCCUUCGGCCGUCUCGCAAGCAGCGUGUGUCCCCAACGACCCGCCCGACUACGACUCCGUCAUCCACCAGGCUCCUGUACACAAGCAGUACGACUUGGGGUCGCCUUGUCUGGACGACCCACACGUCGUAGGAAGGAUUUCAUUCCAUUGAUUUUAUUUGAAGGAUCUGAUGACAAUAGCCAAGGAAUUUUGGGAAAAUAAUUUGACAUUUAUUUUUACUGUUAAAAUAUCAUGAGUUUUGCUGCUUCGCAUUUGUAAUAUCAUCUUAUUAUGCCACAUAUACACAGUACACAGUACACACAUACACCAUGCACUGUACACACACGUAUAAUAAAUACGUGUAGUGUAUAACGUAUAAUAAUAGUGUAGUGUGUAUACUGGUACGUAUACACACUACACUAUACACAAACAUACAUCAUUUGAAGCAUAAAGAUGUCUUAGAAUGUUCCCUUUGAUGUACGAAGAAUAUUUCUGUUAAGAAACUUUUGUGAAGAAGUUACCUACAGUAAUUUACUUUACGAAAGAGUAUUGUUAGUUGAGAAAUCAUGUCAAGAUGAUGCCUUAAACUAUUUUCGAUUGUAUUUUUAGUUAAUAUAUGGCAGGAAAAGAAAGUAUUAGUAUAUUUGUUACUGCAUAAAGGGUACUUUUAUUUAAGAACAGUGUAAGUGAGAAAAAUUAGGUUGUUAAAGAGAAAUACAUUGUCAGAAUUUAAAAAAAUAAAUCUCUGUAAAUGAUUAAAUAAAUGCCUUGUAAUAAAUAAUUUUUAACUAAAAUAAUUUGUAAGUAAAAUAAUUUGUAACUAAAAUAAUUUGUAACUAAAAUAAUUUGUAGCUAAAAUAAAUACUUUGUAAUACAGAGUUAAGUCUUUGUUGUAAUUAUAAAUUAUAAAUAAAUAAAUAAUUAACUUUAUUGAGAAACAGUAAUGCUGUUGAUAAUAUGUAACACAGAACUAAUUACUGUAUAAAGAUGUAAUUGAACAUUUUGUUUAAAGAAAUACAGAGAACAUUUAAGAGCAGAUGAUGAACACAUAGAACACGCAAAGGGACAUAAAGUGAACAUGCAGAGAACAACAAUAACGUAAAGAGAACAUGUGAACGGUGAAUAAAGAACUAGUAAGAAUA